AUGGCCUUACCAUUGUUUGUGACCAUCCUUCUCAUUGUAUGCUGUUCAGCGGAGGCCAUGCCAGUGCUGUUGUCCCUGACUGAUAGCCAAAAAGCUUCCACAAGCAGCGCAACCGACCGCGCCGCGCUUCUGUCUUUCAGGUCACACAUCAAGAGUGAUCCAUCAAGAGCGCUGGCGUCCUGGGGCAACCAGUCCAUUGCUACAUGCCUAUGGCGAGGCGUGACAUGUGGCCUAAGCGGCCGGGUCACAGCACUGGACCUCCCUGGGCUCGGCCUUCUUGGCGUGAUCACACCUGAACUCGGCAACCUCACCUACUUGACACAGCUCCAUCUGCCACAAAAUCGGCUGUCUGGUGCCCUGCCACCGGAGCUCGGUAACCUUCUUGACCUUCAGCAUCUAGACAUCAGUGAGAACUCUAUUGGAGGGCAGAUUCCUCCAUCACUCUCAAACUGCAGGCUCCUUGAGACAAUGAAUUUCUCCAGCAACAGGUUGCAACUGGAGAUACCACACCAGUUGGGAUCACUGAAAAAUCUCAAGGUACUGCAUGUCGGCAAUAACAAUCUCACAGGAAGCAUCCCUUCGGAGAUUGGCGACCUCGUGAAUCUUAACCUUCUUGAUGUCUCAUACAACAACCUCACAGGAAAAAUCCCAUCAGAGAUCGGUGAACUCAAAGGUAUCGGCAAGAUAAAUCUAAAAUCGAAUCAGUUGAUGGGUCCAAUUCCUAGCACACUUGGCAACCUCUCAGCAUUGACUUACAUAAGCAUCCGUUCAAACAAACUAACAGGUAGCAUCCCGCCAUUGCAAGGCCUUUCAUCUAUUAGUUUCCUUCAACUGGCAGACAACAACCUCACAGGAAGAAUCCCUUCUUGGUUGGGAAACCUCUCCUCGCUAACUGUUAUAGAUUUUCGGAAAAAUGGUUUGGUUGGGAACAUCCCGGAAUCACUAGGAGACCUCAAGUUGCUCAAAGCACUUUCUCUCUCAUUCAACAAACUUGUAGGAUCCAUUAACAAUAUAACUGGAAAGAUACCAGAAAGCAUUGGGAACUUGAUCGGCUUGAACGUGCUUGGCAUGGACAUCAAUCUAUUCGAAGGCAAUAUUCCAUCAUCAAUUGGCAAUCUCAAGAAGUUGAAUGCACUAUCCAUAUCAAAUAACAAUCUGUCAGGGUCUAUCCCAGUAACUUUUGGCAAUUUAUCAGCACUUUCUAGACUGGGUCUGGAUGGCAAUUCCCUCAGUGGAGGCAUACCUUCAAGUCUAAGCAGAUGUCCUUUACAAGACCUGAACCUUUCACACAACAGACUCACUGGUCCAAUACCCAAAGAACUAUUUCUCGUCUCUACCUUAUCUAAUUCCCUUAUCUUGGACCACAAUUUGCUAACUGGACCUUUACCUUCUGAAGUAGGCAACCUCAGAAAUGUUGCGGGACUUGAUUUCUCCAGUAACAAUAUAUCCGGAGAGAUCCCUCCCUCCAUUGGUAACUGCCAGAGCUUACAACAUCUGUCUAUAUCUGGGAACUUCCUUCAGGGUGUAAUUCCAUCAUCACUAGGGCAACUAAAUGGUCUCUUAGAGCUUGAUCUUUCCCAUAACAAUUUAUCUGGAAGAAUCCCAAAUUUCCUUGGGAAUAUGAGAGGCCUUACCAAUUUGAAUCUCUCAUUCAAUAACUUUGAGGGUGAGGUGCCAAAGGAUGGAAUAUUUCUUAACGUAACAGCUAUCUCAAUUUUGGGCAACAAUGGCCUGUGUGGGGGUAUUUCUCAAUUAAAUUUGCCACUCUGCUCCAGCCAUCCUUCCAAUACACAUUCUCAAAAGAAAACCAUGGUGAUCUCCAUUGUUGCUGGAGUACUAUUUCUCACUUCAGUGGUUGUGUUGUUUGCAAUAAUACAUUGGAGAAGUAAGACAAGAAGAGAAGAAAAACAUGAAUCACUACUCACUGAGCAACAUAUGAGAGUCUCUUAUGCUGAAUUAGUAAAUGCAACAAAUGACUUCUCAUCUGAGAACCUUGUCGGAGUAGGGAGCUUUGGGUCAGUGUAUAAGGGAAGAAUGACAAACCAUGAUCAACAGUUAGUUAUUGCUGUGAAGGUGUUCAACCUCCAAACGCGAGGGGCACUUAAAAGUUUUGAUGCAGAAUGUGAGACUUUGAGGUAUGUUAGGCAUCGGAACCUUUUGAAAGUCUUGACAGUCUGUUCAAGCACUGAUUUUCGAGGUGACGAUUUCAAGGCUCUGAUAUAUGAGUUUCUGCCAAAUGGAAAUCUGAAUGAAUGGCUACACCUGCAUCCAGAGAUGGAAGGCGAAAAGAAGGUGCUAGACCUUGUUCAAAGAAUAAGCAUUGCCAUCGAUGUGGCCUCUGCAAUUGAUUAUCUUCACCACCACAAUCCCUUUCCUAUUAUUCAUUGUGAUCUCAAACCAACCAAUGUCCUCCUCGACAAUAACAUGGUUGCUCAAGUAGGUGAUUUUGGGCUUGCAAGGUUUCUGCAUGAGGACUCCAGUGACAUCUUAGAGCAGUCAACAGGUUGGGCUGCUAUGAGAGGGACUAUUGGCUAUGCUGCUCCAGAAUAUGGACAGGGAAAUAAUGCCUCAAUUCAAGGUGAUGUAUAUAGUUUCGGCAUAUUGUUGCUGGAAAUGUUCACCGGAAAAAGGCCAACAGACAGCGAAGUUACAGAAGGUUGUAAUCUGCAUAAGUAUGUGGAGAUGGCAUUACAAGAUCAAGCAAUCAACGUCAUCGAUCAACACUUACUAUCAGUAACAGAGGAUGAUGAAGGAAGGACACGAGGCAACCAGCAGACCAUCAGAGAAAAGAGAAUUGCUUGCAUCGUUUCAGCUCUUGAGAUUGGGAUCUCAUGUUCAAAAGAUUUGCCAGCAGAUAGGAUGCAGAUUAGAGAUGCUUUGAAAGAAUUGUUGGUAGAUAGGGAGAAGCUCAUUCGUGGCAGCUAA